AUGAAGAUCACUGCUUGCCUUCUCGGUUUUGCUGCGGCUCUGGUCGCCGGCCACGGAUACGUCGACAACGGUACGAUCGGCGGAACCUACUACCAGUUCUACCAGCCGUACUCCGACCCCUACUACGCGACACCUCCCCAGAGAAUCUCCCGCGCGAUCCCCGGAAACGGACCUGUUGAAGACGUCAACUCGAUCGACAUCCAAUGCAACGGAUACACCGCCGGCGGAGUCAGCGGCUCCAAGCCCGCUCCGCUGCACGCCACCGCCGCUGCCGGAUCCAGCGUCACCCUGAAAUGGACUCUCUGGCCCGACUCUCACGUCGGUCCCGUCAUCACGUACAUGGCUCGAUGCCCUGACGCUGGUUGCAACAACUGGCAACCCGGAACCUCUGCUGUGUGGUUCAAGAUCAAGGAGGGCGGUCGCACCGGCACCUCCAACACCUGGGCUGCUACUCCCUUCAUGGUUGCCAACUCGGCCUACCAAUACACCAUCCCUUCGUGCUUGAAGUCCGGCUACUACCUCGUCCGCCACGAGAUCAUCGCCCUCCACGCUGCCUACUCCUACCCCGGUGCACAGUUCUACCCGGGUUGCCACCAGCUCCAGGUUACCGGCUCGGGAAGCAAGGCUGGCAGCCCGCUUGUUGCUUUCCCUGGCGCGUACAAGGCCACCGACCCAGGUAUCACUUACGAUGCCUACAAGGCCCAGACUUACACCAUCCCCGGCCCUGCUGUGUUUACCUGCUAA